AUGUCGACUACAGAGGUUACCACCACGGCUGACUCGGAGGAGCAGCUCCUGGCGGAUCUGGAGACGAGCAAGACACUUCCUCUAUGGAAACAGAUGGCACGAUUGAAUCCUCCCGCACCGAAUCCAACUACGGUGCCCUAUCUGUGGAAGUACAAGUCCAUUCGGCCGAAUUUGGAGCGUGCUGGGAAGCUCGUCCCAGAAUCGCAAGCUGAGCGUCGAGUCUUGAUGCUCGUCAAUCCUGCCCGUGAUGCCCCCUACACAACAGACACCCUCUACGCCGGCCUCCAGCUAGUCAUGCCCAACGAAAUCGCCCGCGCCCACCGCCACACAGCUUUCGCCAUGCGUUUCAUCAUCGAAGGUACCGGCGGCUUCACAGCCGUCCACGGCCGCCGCAUCACCAUGCAACGCGGCGACGUGAUUCUCACGCCGACAUGGAACUACCACGACCACGGCAAGGACGGAUCUGGCCCGAUGGUCUGGCUGGACGGGCUGGAUCUACCUACCUUUAGACACUUCCCUGUGCAUUUUGUCGAGCACUUUGAUCAACCGCGGUAUCCGGCCGAGGACGUUGAUAGUAAGACUUCGCCGUUGGUGUUUCCUUGGGUGGAGAUGAAAGAAAGACUUGACGCUGUGCCGGGAGAGUGGGCUGCUUUGAGGUAUCUGAAGGAUGAUGGGCGAGAGGUGAGCCGUGUCCUGGGCGGUAGCGCCGAGCGCAUCGCGGCCAGUGCGUCCUCGCCUUCUCGUCGCGAGACCACCUCGGCUGUUUACCAUGUUAUUAGCGGUAGGGGUCGGUCGGCUAUUGGAGAGGAGGAGUUUGCUUGGGAGCAAGGUGAUACCUUUUGUGUGCCUUCGUGGUAUAGAUAUCAGCAUUUCGCGGAGGGGGAGGAGGGGGUGUAUCUGUAUCGGUUUGAUGAUCGGCCGAUGCUCGAUGCGCUGGGAUUUUAUCGGGCGGAGGGGGUGGAUGUGGAGAGUCUGGUGUCGGAUUAG